AUGUUGUUGCCGGGAUACUCGACUCCAGAAUCGGGAGUUUUUCUUCAUCAAAUAACUAAGUACCACUCGAACCAAGUGCAGAGCCGAGUGUCACAAGCCAGAAGCUCCAUCCAGGAAAUUUGUAAAAUCCUCCAGGAAAUCCUGAAAGAAGUGGAGUCUCAGGAGCCAAGGUUCGUUUCUUCCUUGAACGAGUGCAACGGAAAGUUUGAGGGCCUGGAAGUGAUAACACCGCUCGAGUUCGAGGUGGUCUUGUACCUGAACCAAAUGGGAGUGUUUAAUUUUGUGGAUGAUGGCACCCUGCCGGGUUGCGCCGUUCUCAAGCUGAGCGACGGAAGAAAACGGUCCAUGUCCCUCUGGGUCGAAUUUAUCACCGCAUCCGGGUACUUGUCUGCCAAGAAAAUAAGGUCCAGGUUCGCGGGUUUGGUCUCCCAAAUUUGCAAGGAAAAAUAUUUUUCUGGGGACGUCAAAGUCCUGACUGAUCAUGCUGAGGUUAAACUGAAGAUCAGGGACCGGUGGAUGGUCCAGAUUACCCCAGCCUUCAAGUGCUCCGGCGUGUGGCCAAGGUCAGCCAGCCAGUGGCCGUACAACAAUUUACCGAUUGGGGACCAGAAUCCAAGAUUUUGGCCCUACAGUGAUUUGGUAGUGGAGGUUAAGAAUGAAGGGUUUGAUUUGUUAUCGAAAGAUUGUGCUGUUAGGAGAGGAAACAAGCAAUCGACACUAGAUGGCGACGCCUGGUUACUGUCUUUCUCGAAUGCGGAGAGAAGGCUGAUACAGGGCAAUGGAAGGAGAAGAUGCUUGAGUAUCUUGAAGACUCUCAGGGACCGGCAUCUUGAUUUGCCUGAGGAUCCCGUGACUAAUUAUCAUAUGAAGACUCUUUUGAUGUAUGAGUGCGAAAAGCAUCCUUUGGAGGCAGAAUGGGACGAAAGUUGUCUUGGAGAUAGAAUUCUGGGAAUUUUUGUGCAGUUGAUUUCGUGCUUGCAAUGCCGAAAGUGUCCCCAUUAUUUUUUGCCUGCGCUGAAUUUGUUCAAAGGAAAGAGAGCUAGUGUGAUGGAAAGUGCCUCGAAACAAGUCUGGAGGGUUGUUAGGGAGUUGGUUACUAAUUCGCGAGCGUUUGAAGCUUUGUAA